GACAGAGUACGACCCUUCCUGAAUUAGUUAUUGUAAUCAUGGAUCGAUCGUUUGCAAUAAGAAAAGGAGUUCACUGGGAUCGGUCUUUUGCAUUAAGAAAAGGAAGUUGGACUGAAGAAGAAGAUAUUCGUUUACGCCAAUGCAUUGACAAGUAUGGAGAAGGAAAUUGGCGCCUAGUUCCUCUUAAAGCAGGACUGAGAAGAUGCCGAAAGAGCUGCAGGUUGAGAUGGGUAAACUAUCUCCGCCCAAAUAUCAAGAGAGGAGAGUUUGAGGAAGAUGAAGUUGACCUCCUUCUCAGGCUUCACAAGCUCUUAGGCAACAGAUGGUCGUUAAUCGCUGGUAGGCUUCCGGGAAGAACAAGCAACGAUGUCAAGAAUUACUGGAAUAAUCGCUUCAAUAGAAAGACAAGUGGUAUUACUGCUUCUGAAUGGGAACAGGUGGAAGCCACAAGUCCUGCAAUCAAUAAAAAUGAACUAAUCAAGCCUCGACCAUGGACCUUCCCCAAGAGUUCCUCUUGGCUGCAGUUGAGACGAAAUUUAUCUUCUUCUACUUCCUCUCUUGAUUCAGGUAAUACCCGCAGUGAUUCAAGAGAAAUGUUGGGCAUGACAUGUCCUAUUCUCCCUGGUAUUACUCAAGAAGAGUCUACUAGGCUAGACCAAUUGGAAGGAAACUCUUCUGAUCAUAAAGAACUGGAGAAUGGAGAAUCGGGCUAUAUUUGUGGAUUUGCAGAAGAUCCGAUUAGAAGUCUCUGGGUUGAAGAUGAUUUGCAGCCAAUGAUAGAGGUUGGGAACUAUACUUCUUCGGAAGAAGGCAAGAUAGGUUGGGAUGACGACUUUUGUUCUGAUUUCAACAUUUGGGAUAUGCCAGUAGAGUGGUAGUUUGUUUCAUGAUGCAAAUUGUGUUUGCGCGCGCGGGUGUGGAGAGAGAAGAGAGAGAGAUGUGAUCCAAACUCUUGUUUCAUAUCCAUAUAAAGUGCUUUAGUUAUUUAA